AAAACUUUAAUGAUCUUAUUGUAAUUGUGUUUUUCUGUGUGUGCAGCAAACUGGAUUGGUGGACAUCUGAUGAGUGCAAUAUGAUCAAUGGAACCAAUGGAGGAUCUUUCCAUCCCGUCAUCACCAAGAAUGAGACGCUCUACAUGUUCUCCUCUGACCUGUGCAGGUCUCUGUACGCUCUGUAUGAGGAGGAUGUGACGGUGAAGGGGAUCCCUGGGUAUCGCUUCAGUCCCCCUAGCGAGGUGUUUGCCAAUCAAACCGUGAACCCUGCCAACGCCGGCUUCUGUGUCCCCGCUGGAAACUGCCUGGGCUCUGGCGUUCUGAAUGUCAGCCCAUGUAAACAAGGAGCUCCCAUCGUAAUGUCGACACCUCACUUCUACCAGGCCGAUGAGAAAUAUGUUCAGGAUGUGUUCGGCAUGAGGCCUAAGAAGGAGCAGCACCAGACUGCAAUUGAUAUCAAUCCGGUAAUUAUCUCAACUUUAAUUAUUCUCUCCAGACAG